UCCUCUCCUAAAGCAGACCUAAAGCCCUUUACUUUGCGCAUGUACAGCCAUACUGAACAUUUCAUCGACUCCAAGAUGGCGUUAACACCACUGGCUUGCGUUCUGCUCCUCCUUUCCAUGCAAUUCUACAUCAGCACAUUGGCAGUAAUCCUGAAGACGACGAAUUCAAAACCAUGGGUCAAUGAGUUUGAAUCAAUCGAGCUGUCUUGCACGAUUGAGUCUAUCUCCACUGCUAAUCCAAGAAUAGAAUGGAAGAAGAUCAAGAAUGGAGAGCCCAGUUAUGUAUAUUUCGAGAAAGAAAUAGCAGGCGACUUGGAGAAGAGAGCGAAAAUUCGAGAACCAGCAACUUUGGUCAUUCCCAAUGCAACACGAUCUGACACUGCUGAUUACCGUUGUGAAGUCACUGCCCCCAAUGAUCAAAAAUCUUUUGAUGAGAUUCUCAUAUCUCUUGUUGUAAGAGUGAAGCCCGUAGUGCCCAGAUGCUCCGUACCCAACUCAGUCCCAGUACGCAAAUCAGCAGAGCUGCAUUGUGUGGAGGAUGAGGGCUAUCCCAAGUCUCAGUACCAGUGGUUCCGCAACAAGGAGGAAAUCCCAGAAGACCCCAAGAGUAGCCCUAAGUUCUUCAACUCCAGUUACACCCUGAAUGGAGAAAUGGGCACACUGAAAUUCAGUGCUGUCAGGAAGGAGGACGCUGGAGAGUACUACUGCAGGGCAAGAAAUGAGGCUGGCUUCUCAGAAUGUGGACCACAGAUGAUGGAAGUUUAUGACAUCAACAUUGCUGGAAUCAUCUUGGGUGUACUGGUUGUGGUGGUGGUACUUUUGUGUAUAACACUGGGCAUCUUCUGUGCCUAUAAACGAGGCUACUUCACCAGCCAAAAGCAGACAGGAAACAAUUACAAAGCUCCAGCAAAAGGAGAUGGAGUGGACUAUGUCAGAACAGAGGAUGAGGGGGAUUUCCGACACAAAUCCUCGUUUGUCAUCUGAGAGGAGGGUAAAAUGAUGGAGGAUACAGAAUUAAACUGAAGGUUAUUGGCGCCAUACCUCACAGACACAAAUCCCCAAACUGACGACAUAAAUGUUGGCGCUACCACAGCACGUGCCUUGCUCCAUGGUACGACUGCAACGACACAAUUUGUAUUUGCCAAAGGUGACAAAUAAUCACAAAUGUCUGAUCACUGUUUAAAGACACUAGAUGCUUCUUGUUUCUUUAAUUCUACUUUUUCAGCCCCUUUUUAUGAAUGGGUAAAACCAGUUUGCUUUGCUAGCUGUAGCAUUUGUUACAACUCUGUCAAUAUUGUUAGAACUCUGUAAUUUCUAAAACAUUAGUUUUUUACUAGCUAAAUUUGUCAGACUAUUUUUGAUGGAAUAUAUUUUAAAAUGCCUAUAGAAGAUGUUUACUUUUUUAAAUAUUUGUAAAAUACUAACCUGGAAGCCAGUACAUUUUUAGACUAAUUUGGUUGUGAGAGAAAUGAAUAACCAUAUCCACCACUUUGCAUCCUGAGUUUUAGUAAUUCGAUUUUCAAAUUAAUGUAACAGAGCACUCAAUCGUGUGAAUGUUUUGUUUUCCAUUGAGAUUUCAUAUACUUUCAACAGCAUAUCCAGCUGCACCGGCUUCAAUCAAAGGUCUUAUGUACUUACUAUACUGCUGGGAUUUAAAUGUUAAUAGUUUAAGGACGUUCCAUGUUCAUGUUUGUAGAUAGUCUUAGACAGUGAGUAUCUUUGGAAAAUCACCAGCAAAAGCUGGAGAAUACUUUAAAAGACCAGUGCUGCAUAUCCUUGAUUUUAAGUGUCCUUCUAUGCUAGCUGUUUAUCUUGUAUAUAGUGAAUAUACAGUCUAGGUUGUUCAUUUUUUUUUUUUUUUUCUUUCUCUACAUCUCUUCCUUUUCUUAUUUGAGUGAGAAACACUCGCCAUGUUAAUUUUUAGUAUAACAGGGUUUGUAUGUUGUCCAACUGUACUGGUUGUAUAUAGAUCCACUGUGAGCUACACUGUGCUUAAGAUGUUAUCAGUUUAACCAAGAGUUAAACCUUAUGAAUGAGACAAAUAUGACACUCUUGCCAUGGAAUUAAAUAUGAAAUUGAGAAGUCUUGUCACGGUAGAGAGGGUAUCUGCCUUGUCAAAUACAUUUGAAAGACUGGACCCAAAUUGUUUUCCUUUCAUGUAAAGCUACAUUUUCUUGUAUAGCAGUGAUCGUGAAAAAACUGAAAAUGCAUACAUACUUUAACCUACAUAAAAGGUGUUAAGAGUACAAUCAUAGCUAAAAUGAAUGAACUGAAUGCUUUUGUUAAUAUUUUAUGAGACUAUUUCCUUAAACCUGCUAUGGGCUCAGAAAACUUCAGCAAACUUUUGAAUAAGAACCAUACAUCAUUCCUCUUAAGUGCCUUCUAGUGUAGUUGUACAACAGUAAUAUUGCACUGACAAUAAUGCAGUUUAUAGUCAAUAACUGCUGUAGCAGUUCAUUGGAAUCUACACAGAACAAUUUUUCUAAUUAAUUUUCAUCACUCUUACGUCAGUAUUUGAAAAAGAACAGGUGUUUGAGAGGAAUGAUAACGUUCUGCAGUCAUCCGUUGUUUGAAAGUUGUUGUUUUUUUUUUACUUUAGCUUUUGUUGUAAAUACACCUAAUGUUGUGCAUUGAUUUGGGGAUUUUCUUUUUCAUUGCCGUAGACAUUCUAUAAUGUAUUAGUGCCUAAAUGUAGAGUGAAAUAAUGUUUCAGGGGGACAGACCAAAAGCAUUAAUUUAACAGAUAUUCUUGGAGACAAAGGUUUGUUUAAUUGAUUUUAGAUUUAAACUUAGGAAGCAAAGUACUACAUUAUAUGAGUCACAGCCCAAUUAAGUUUCAUAUCCCUGCAUUUGUCACUGAAGUACUGUGAGGGGAACAGAAAAUGAAGUACUUUGUGUUUAAAAAAAAAAAAUAGAGAACUGUACCAAAUACUGACUGCCAAAAGAGCAUUUUUCCAGUAUUAUUCUGCUCCCAGUUCUCUUUCUUUUUUUAUUUGUUUGUAACUCUUGGGCAAGAUUUUUUGGAGGCUGAGAUGACAUAUUUUUCACUCAUUUUAGUUUUUUGGGGGGGAGAUUUUGUGGUUGUUUUGGAAACAGCUGGAAUUUUAAAUGAAUCAUAUUUCAUUUACUGAAUUCAUGUUAUGUCCCAUUAGUUUGGGACAUGUACAAACCCUGUGUGAAUUCUUGAAUAGUAUGUUUGUGAUUAAUAAAGCUCACUUCUU